AUGGCUCCCUCUAUCUCUAACACCACCCUCGACCACACACUCCCAGCAGUCGUGCCAGAGUCCAACGAGACCCCGGCCGCGUUUGCGCCCACCAAUGAACUCUUCUCCCUCCGCGGUCGCACUGUCGUCAUCACUGGAGGUGGUCGUGGACUCGGCAUGACCCUGACCACUGCUGUCCUCGAGGCUGGUGGUGAUGUUGCUUGCCUGGAUCUUCUCUCUGAGCCCAGCCCCGAGGAGUGGGUUGCUGUUCAGAAGCUGGCCACUUCUCGCGGUCUGAAGGCGACCUAUACCAAGUGCGACAUCACAGAUGAGGCCUCGACUAAGGAGACCCUCGAAAAUAUCGCCGCGCAAGCUUCGCAGCGCAACAUGCCCAUGCGCGGUCUCAUCACUUGCGCCGGUAUCCAACAGAUGGUCCCUGCUCUCGACUAUCCUGUUGAAGGAUAUCGCAAGAUGCUGGAUGUCAAUGUCCUCGGAACGUUCAUCCCCGCUAAGCACUUCUCCCGCAUUCUCGUUGAGCAGAAGGCUCCCGGUAGCAUUGUGAUGAUUGCCUCCAUGUCCGGCCAGAUCGCCAAUCGCGGUCUCACUUGUACCGCCUACAACUCCUCCAAGGCCGCUGUCCACCAGAUGUGCCGAUCGGUCGCCCAGGAAUGGGGCCAGCACAACAUCCGCGUCAACACACUGUCCGCCGGAUAUAUCCGCACUGCUAUGACCGACGCCCUUCUGAAGGAGAAGCCCGAGGUCGAGGAGACCUGGAUGCGCGGAGCUCUGCUCGGUCGCCUGGGUGCCCCAGAGGACUUCAAGGGGCCUACCAUUUACAUGCUUACCGAUGCCAGCGCUUGGAUGACUGGAGCUGAUCUGCGUGUUGACGGUGGUCACUGUGCUGCAGCAUAA